AUGCCUGUCAUAUCAUUUGCUCAUGGAAACUCGGGGAACCAGGUGGGAGUCAAUUACGGAACAAUAGUUCUACCAUCGAGUGACCGCUUCAACGUACCCUUUGAUCUUACUCACGUACCUCUAAUUGAAAAUUUUAUCGGGCGGCACGACGAACUGAAUUACCUAUGGGAGUAUCUCAACCCGAAAGGCUCCCAAUCACGAAAGGUUGCCAUCCUCCAUGGGCUUGGGGGCAUAGGAAAAACACAGCUCGCGAUUCGUUUUGCACGAGACCACAAACACGAAUUUACUUGUAUAUUGUGGUUGAAUGGCAAGGACCGAAGCACACUUUUGCAAUCUCUUAGUUCUGUCUUGCCACGAUUACCUGGACAUUCCCAGGAAAACGGGGCGAUCGAUGAAGAGGAGCUGGAGCAACGAGCGAAGUAUGUGUUGAACUGGCUGGCGAAAAAUGGAAACUCACGCUGGCUACUGAUUUUUGAUAAUAUCGAUCAAUACUCUCCCAUCACCAACGGCAACGGUGAUGAAUAUGACAUUGGAACAUUCUUCCCUUCAGCAGAUCACGGGUCUAUUCUUAUAACCUCUCGGCUAUCAGGCUUAAGUGAGCUUGGAACGCCCUUCCCAGUCCAUCGGCUUGAGACAACGGACGCAAUUCAACUACUCUUGCAGAAUAGUGGCCUACCAGCGGAUACCAUUAAGAGCCUUCAGGACAGUCCAGAUACCGUUGCCCUCAUUCAUCGCCUCGAUGGACUCCCAUUGGCGGUUGUGCUCGCGGCAGCAUUUAUGCGUCAAACCGGAACCAGUACCACCGAAUAUCUGCAAUAUUACCAAAAGUCCUGGUCUGAUCUACAGUCACAAUCUAGUCCUGGACGGCAGUAUCAGCAGGGCAACAUAUUACAAACGUGGCUCAUCUCAUACCGUGAGAUACAAAAGCGGGACCCUAGCGCAGCAAAGCUACUCCUGCUGCUUGCUCGCUUUGAUAACCGAGAUAUUUGGUAUGAGUUGGUUAAAGGUGCUUCUCAUAGCAGCGAUGUCCCUAGUUGGCUUGAAGGGAUCAUAUCAAGUGGAUUUUCAUUCAAAAUUCGGAUGAAACAUCUCAUCGGAUUUUCUCUUAUUGAGACUAAACAACAAGACGGAAGCUAUGCAAUGCACCCAGUAGUACAGUCCUGGUGCCAUCAUGUUGCUCGCACGAAUAGGCUUGUGAAUUCCGGCCAGCUUUGUGAACUAGCGCUAAUAUCGGUUGGAUGGACUGUCCCUAGCGCAGACGAACGGAAUUAUUCAAAACUUCAGCAGCGUCUCAUUCCCCACGCGAAUUAUGUACGUCUUGGGGAAAGCUCUGGUAAUGAUAUUGCAGAAUGGGGAGCAUUUCAUAGUUUAGGGAACCUCUACUCUGACCAAGGAAAGCUAAAGGAGGCCGAGGAGAUGUACCAGCGAGCUCUAGCUGGCUAUGAGAAGGCCCUUGGUCCAGACCAUACAUCCACCCUUAGGACUGUGAACAACCUUGGAAAUCUCUAUAAAGACCAAGGAAAGCUAAAAGAGGCCGAGGAGAUGUACCAGCGAGCUCUAGCUGGCUAUGAGAAGGCCCUUGGUCCAGACCAUACAUCCACCCUUGAUACUGUGAACAACCUUGGAAAUCUCUACUCUGAUCAAGGAAAGCUAAAGGAGGCCGAGGAGAUGUACCAGCGAGCUCUAGCUGGCUAUGAGAAGGCCCUUGGUCCAGACCAUACAUCCACCCUUGAUACUGUGAACAACCUUGGUCUUCUCUACUCUGAUCAAGGAAAGCUAAAGGAGGCCGAGGAGAUGUACCGGCGAGCUCUAGCUGGCUAUGAGAAGGCCCUUGGUCCAGAUCAUACAUCCACCCUUAGGACUGUGAACAACCUUGGAAAUCUCUACUCUGAUCAAGGAAAGCUGAAAGAGGCCGAGGAGAUGUACCAGCGAGCACUGGCAGGUAGGGAGAAGGCCCUUGGUCUAGAUCAUAUAUCCACCCUUAAUACUGUGAACAACCUUGGUCUUCUCUACAAAGACCAAGGAAAGCUAAAGGAGGCCGAGGAGAUGUACCAGCGAGCUCUAGCUGGCUAUGAGAAGGCCCUUGGUCCAGAUCAUACAUCUACCCUCAGUAUUAUGAACAACCUUGGAAAUCUCUACAAAGACCAAGGAAAGCUAAAAGAGGCCGAGGAGAUGUACCAGCGAGCACUAGCAGGGAAGGAGAAGGCCCUUAGUCCAGAUCAUACAUCCACCCUUGAUACUGUGAACAACCUUGGAAAUCUCUACUCUGACCAAGGAAAGCUAAAAGAGGCCGAGGAGAUGUACCAGCGAGCUCUAGCUGGCUAUGAGAAGGCCCUUGGUCCAGAUCAUACAUCCACCCUUAGGACUGUGAACAACCUUGGAAAUCUCUAUAGAGACCAAGGAAAGCUAAAAGAGGCCGAGGAGAUGUACCAGCGAGCUCUAGCUGGCUAUGAGAAGGCCCUUGGUCCAGACCAUACAUCCACCCUUGAUACUGUGAACAACCUUGGAAAUCUCUACUCUGAUCAAGGAAAGCUAAAGGAGGCCGAGGAGAUGUACCAGCGAGCUCUAGCUGGCUAUGAGAAGGCCCUUGGUCCAGACCAUACAUCCACCCUUGAUACUGUGAACAACCUUGGUCUUCUCUACUCUGAUCAAGGAAAGCUAAAGGAGGCCGAGGAGAUGUACCAGCGAGCUCUAGCUGGCUAUGAGAAGGCCCUUGGUCCAGACCAUACAUCCACCCUUGAUACUGUGAACAACCUUGGUCUUCUCUACUCUGAUCAAGGAAAGCUAAAGGAGGCCGAGGAGAUGUACCAGCGAGCUCUAGCUGGCUAUGAGAAGGCCCUUGGUCCAGAUCAUACAUCCACCCUUAGGACUAUGAAUAACCUUGGUCUUCUCUACUCUGAUCAAGGAAAGCUAAAGGAGGCCGAGGAGAUGUACCAGCGAGCACUAGCAGGUAGGGAGAAGGCCCUUGGUCCAGAUCAUACAUCCACCCUCAGUACUAUAAACAACCUUGGAAUUCUCCAUAAAAACCAAGGAAAGCUAAAGGAGGCUGAGAGGAUAUACCAGGGAGAACUGCCAAACAAUGGAAAGGUCGCACAUCUCAACGCUAGUACGGCACGACGGGCUAUUAAGAAAUUCACUAGAUUGUUUAAAUAA